GACAGUUGCCUCAGCACUGGAUUUCGGAGGGGAUUGGAGGAAAGCGCGAGGAGAGAGAAUGUGACAACUGCCGGCUCGGGCGGCCGCCGAGGGGAGGCCGCGCGCACCUGUCCCUGCCUGUCUCGCGCCAGCCCUCAGCGGACUCGGCCGCGCGCAGAGCCGCUCCCAUUCGCCCGAGCGCAGCCGCGUGCGCCCUAGAACAUGACUUCUUCCUUCAAGCUGGAUUUCCUCCCGGAGAUGAUGGUCGAGAGCCGCUUGCUAGUGUCCGACAGAAUUAACGGCACAGCCAACAAGAUGAACGGAGCUUUGGAUCACUCAGACCAACCAGACCCAGAUGCCAUUAAGAUGUUUGUCGGACAGAUCCCCAGGUCGUGGUCGGAAAAGGAGCUGAAAGAACUUUUUGAGCCUUAUGGAGCUGUCUACCAGAUCAACGUCCUCCGGGACCGGAGUCAGAACCCUCCCCAGAGUAAAGGUUGUUGUUUCGUAACAUUUUAUACAAGAAAAGCUGCACUUGAGGCCCAGAAUGCGCUGCACAAUAUUAAAACUUUACCUGGGAUGCAUCAUCCCAUUCAGAUGAAACCGGCAGACAGUGAAAAGUCAAACGCUGUGGAAGACAGAAAAUUGUUCAUAGGAAUGGUUUCGAAGAAAUGUAAUGAGAAUGAUAUCAGGGUGAUGUUUUCUCCAUUUGGCCAGAUAGAAGAAUGCCGGAUUCUCCGGGGACCCGAUGGGCUGAGUCGAGGCUGUGCGUUUGUCACAUUUUCUACAAGGGCAAUGGCACAGAAUGCAAUCAAAGCCAUGCAUCAGUCUCAGACCAUGGAGGGCUGCUCUUCACCUAUCGUGGUGAAGUUUGCCGAUACUCAGAAGGACAAAGAGCAAAGACGCCUCCAACAGCAGCUUGCACAACAGAUGCAACAGCUCAACACUGCCACCUGGGGGAACCUGACAGGUCUGGGCGGACUUACCCCACAGUACCUGGCGCUACUGCAGCAGGCCACCUCCUCGAGCAACCUGGGUGCGUUCAGUGGCAUUCAGCAAAUGGCUGGCAUGAAUGCUUUACAGUUACAGAAUCUGGCCACACUGGCUGCCGCUGCAGCCGCGGCCCAGACCUCAGCCACCACCACCAACGCAAAUCCUCUCUCUACAACGAGCAGUGCCCUGGGAGCCCUCACAAGCCCUGUGGCUGCUUCAACCCCCAAUUCCACUGCUGGUGCAGCCAUGAAUUCCUUGACCUCUCUUGGGACUCUGCAAGGAUUGGCUGGAGCCACUGUCGGAUUGAAUAAUAUUAAUGCACUAGCAGUUGCUCAAAUGCUCUCAGGUAUGGCGGCUCUGAAUGGAGGACUUGGCGCCACGGGCUUGACGAAUGGCACGGCUGGCACCAUGGACGCCCUUACCCAGGCCUACUCAGGAAUUCAGCAGUACGCAGCCGCAGCACUGCCCACUCUGUACAGCCAGAGCUUGCUGCAGCAGCAGAGCGCUGCAGGCAGCCAGAAAGAAGGUCCAGAGGGGGCAAACCUCUUUAUUUACCACCUUCCACAGGAGUUUGGAGACCAGGACAUUCUGCAGAUGUUCAUGCCUUUUGGAAAUGUUAUCUCUGCUAAAGUCUUCAUUGACAAACAGACCAAUCUGAGCAAGUGCUUUGGUUUUGUUAGCUACGACAAUCCUGUCUCUGCACAAGCUGCUAUCCAGGCUAUGAAUGGCUUUCAGAUCGGCAUGAAACGCUUGAAGGUCCAGCUGAAGCGCUCCAAAAACGACAGCAAACCUUACUGAUCUUAAUCCCAGAGGCUCCCUGCUCUUGUUUUAGCUUUCUUAGGGUAAGUCCCACGAGCCAGCCUGUUUUCCACAGGGAAGGCAGAGGAGGACCACAUUGCCAACUUUUACCAAGAGAGACGGUUAUUUUUACAUUAAGGCCUCCAUCCCCCUACCCAUUCCUCCCACCCAGUUCGCCAUAAUUAAAACUUGGGCUCCCUUGUUUUUAUCAAGUAAAUUCCUUCUCCAGUUGUGCCACUGUAUUCUCCUCUGUUUUGCGAUUUGAAUCUCCUUUUACUUUUUUUUUUUUUUAAUAUUUGUUUUGUUUUGUAUUUUGCUUUUUUUAAAGAAAAAUACACAUAGACAAAUAAAUGACAUCUUAAGAAUUUAAAAGGCAAACGAACGCUAAUGUGCAAUUUUAACUCUGAAACCACUGAUGCCCUGAAUGCACUGCCUGGAGAAUCCACCCCUCCUUGUCUGGGCCGCCCACACCAUGAGGAGGGCACCAGCUGUUUAGAGGUUAAUGUGGUGGCCUAGGGUGAGAGAAAAGCCAGGAGAAGCACUUACUCAAAACAAACAAAACGUCUUUCCACUACAUUGGUUUGUUUUAAGAAGUAGGAUUUUAUUUUAGGGUUCAAAGAAACAUGACAUUUAUUGGUCAGAUUAAUACACUGGUUGUCUAUUUUGUUGUUUUAGUUUUUAGAAAGGAUUAAUGUAAAAAAAAAAAAAGAUUUAGAGAUCUGUUUCUUAAAGCUACAGGGUUUAAAAAUAAAAUAAAAAUGAGUGAAAAUACUUGAUGUUUCUUGAAAGAUAAAUUUAAUAAUAAUAAAGAAUACAUAAAUAAUACAUAAAUAAAAAAGAAAGCCACAGGCCUGUAAAUUUUAUUUGUAAAAAAAGCAUUUCUAUUUUUAUACAAAAUUUUUACUGCCUCAGAAAUAAUGGAAGUUAUUUAUUGCCUAUUGUUAACUUAUUGGAUACCUAAAGAGCAGUUCUCUGUGCUAGCUAGAUCCUUUUGAAGUAGUCUCUAGAGGAAUUGUUCUAGGAAUGGGCUUUUUUUCACCGUUGAACCCUAGACCUAAAGUUCAUGCUUUCUCCUCUUGUUGUUUGUAUCUGUCUGAUUAUUUUGUUUGUAACUUCCAUUAUCUAGUUUAAAGUUCGGUUGUCUGACUUUCCCCAUAUGUUACAUUUGUUGAAACUGGAUCCUCUCCCUGUCCCUUGCCAGUCCCUCACCCCAAAACACCCUGAAUCCAUCCCCUCUCACUCUCUCUGGAUGGAUUCCCUUGGGGUUUCAUUGUGCUGUGGAUAAAGACUGUAAGAAAUGCAAAUUACGUGAAUGGCUCGUAGACUCCCUAAUGACCUAAGAUUUGCAUUAAUUAGUUUUUCUUCUGCACCCUUAAAAGUGAUUUUGUUGCUGCUGCAUAGAUUCUGUGUAACUUUUUACUCUUCCUUGUUUUUUCCCUAGACAUCUUCAUGCCUGUUAGUUCAUCGUUUGCCUAGCAUGUCCCUGUGGCGUCUCAAAAAAAGUUUCAUCGUCCCGUCAUUGUUUCUGAUGUCUUUCUGACCUCACAUCAUAUUUGGUUCUCCUACUGACCUUUGAUCUAGUUUGACCUUUGAAAUUUGCAUGUGACCUCAUCUAGCUAUGAAUUCUGGGAAGUCAAUGUGAAAAACAUUGCUGCAUUCAUGCAAGACUGAAAUUUAUUAUUAGACAAAUUAAUUAUAGGAACAAAACCUGUGGCAAAAAUGUUUCGUUCUUUUUUUUUUCUUUCUUUCUUUUUUCUUUUCAUAAAACAGACUUGAAAGUAUUAUACAGGGAUUGGCAUUCUUCCCGGUCACUGGUAACAAUAGCAAUAUGUGUCCAGGGACACAGAAUGUUGGUUUCUAACAGACUACUUCCAAAAACAGUUUGAGAAAAAAAAAAAAACUGUCUGAUUUUAAGUCUCUAGAGGUCUGUAAUAGUUUUUACAUUUUUCAGGCAGUGUAAAGUUUUUUGAUAAGGCCAUUUUAGGUGGCUCACUUUCUCAUUAAGAUAUAUAUAUAGAACCACUUUUUGUAGAUUAGCAUAAGAAAAUAUUUACCCUGUUUUGGGGCAAAUGCUACCUAUUUGUGUCACCUUUUGCUGAACUGACUCACAGUUAGACAAUCCAUGGUUUAAUGCACAUGAAAUUACCUAUAUUUUAUACUGUUCCGAUGUACAGGAGAAGGGUCACUGUAAACCGCGUGACGUUGGUGCUUCUGUGAACUGAGUUGUGGUUUCAUUGUGAGUCUUACGGUCUUAAUGUUCUUUGUUGAUGAGACAAGUUUAGAAUUGGUUUACUUAAAACAGAAAAGAACUUCAAAAACAAAAUAAAAACUUGUUUGCUUAAAAAAAAUUUCAUGUGAGGAAAAAAAAAAAACCUAUUCCAGAAUAAGUUUUGUGUUGGCUUGUGAAGCAUUGAUGUCUUUUUCUUCUUUUUUUAAAUUGUGGACUAUUUAGAUGUGUUUGUGUUCAGCAAAAUGUGAUCUUUUUUUUUUUUUUUUUUUCUUUUAAAGAAAAAAAAAAAGUGAAAAUAUAUAGUGCCAAAUUCCAAAGGUACUUCCUUCCUAGAGCUUCAGUGUGUUUCUUGUGAGAAGUAAUUUGAUAACAUGGGUAUUUUAUUAUGUGUUUUGUAUAAAUCCCUAAUAUUUAAAAAAAAAAAAAAAAAAAGAGGUUAAAAAGUUUGUUAACUUGCUACCCUGUGGUCUUGUUGCCUGAAAUUGUUAUUGUUUGUUAUUUCUCUAUGAUGUUUUUUGUAAGACAUUGUAUAAGUGCCCAUGUCUCACUUUUUUAACCCCUCUGCACAUCAAUGCUGUGAAGGCAACCUCACAAUGUAUUUUCUUUAUAAUAUAUGGAAACCUCUAAGGUGAGAAAGUUUUGAACUUUUAACCCUUUCUACCCAGAGCUGUCUAGAAUGUUGAUAACUUUUUAUACAGUCACCAUUUUAGUUUGUUUAUAUCUUCUCCUCCUCUUUGGGAUGUUUUUGUUUUCACUACUUUUUUGCCCUGCUACUUGGUUGAUAUCCAAAAGAAAAAAACUCCACAGGAUAAAUCUGAAGGGAAAAAAAUAUAGUUCAACACACUCCAAUUAUUUCCGUACCCUAUUUUUCUUUUUCCUUUUUUUUUUUUUUUACAUUUGAUUAUUUUGGAUUUUUUUUUUUUUUUUUAAUGUGCUGCUGGAAUGCCUUCUUCAGUUUUAAUUAAAAACAGUUUAUUGGGUAAGCCCUCUAAGGGGAAUGACAGGUAGAUUCAGCACCUAAAUAAUCCUUAAAAAUUCUGUUUGCUUUUGGGAUUAGUUACCUGUUGUAGUUUAGAAUAUUUUCAUAUACCUUGCAAUUAAACCACUUUGUGGUGGGGUGGUCUUUUGAGGGAUUUCACUUGUUUCUUAAGUACUCCUAAAUAAUGUUUCUAAUCAGACAUUGUGCUGGGAAUUCUCUGACCCCAGUGGAUAUUUCUGAUAAGCAAGGUAUCUGAAGGUAUUAGCCAGUAGUCUUUUUUCCUGCCUUUUUUUUCCUAUUUUUGAUUGAACGCAUUUAAAGGAGACUGACCAUAUAAGUAAAACUCAGUUCUUCAUCCCAGUUACUGAACAAAUACCUAGCACCAGUUCCUGUUGCCACUUUUUAAAGUGCCAUAUUACAUUGACUUUGACUUUACAUGAGUAGAUAUCUUGUGGUUUUCGACAAACCCUAGAACCCCAACACAAACUCAAGCCUUCCUGAAAGCAGGCCACUCUGGAAGCUUCUUUGUCUCUAACACAGUUCAGAAACGGAUGGCUUCCCUCUCCCUUCUCCACCUCACCACCCUGUUUAGUUUAAUAUGUGUGUGUGGAUGUGAUAGCCCUGGGAUGGAAAGGACUAGCCUCUAAUGAUGCAAAAAACAAAAACAAAAAGUUUCCUUCUUAUAGCACAUGCACUUAUAAUGAAAUGAUUUGUAUUAUCCUCACACGUGUUUACUACUCCUGGGGCCUUCCUUCAUCCUUGAGGGCUAUUUUGUACUUCCUGCAGCCAUCAGCUUAACAACAAAAGUUACCACACACGUCUCUCUCAUAUAUAUGGUGGUGUGUAGAUACGUACAUAGAAACACAAGAGAAUACCAUUGAAUUUCUUAGAUUUUCAUUCAGAAUAUCUUCAUUUAUUAUGUAAAUCUCCAAAAACAAAAUUUUUUUUCCCCAAUUUCUUCACUAAAGCAAAUUACCCCCUCUCCUGCCCUCUUGCUCUCACCCACCUGCAUCACCCCCAGAGGAAACUGCAUGCAGUUAAUAGGAGGCUCAGGGUAGGCACUUUGAGUUGAGUGUUGCUUAUUCUGCAGGCAGCCGAGACCGUACAUUUAGGGGGAAAGUCCAUUCCUUUUUUGCCUGUUUCACUGUCAAAAAGAUAACUCUCCUAAGAGAAAAGUUGUCCUUUUAUUUGCUUUAUCUUUUCAUAUUAAAAGGAAAAAGCUGCAAGGGUGCAAAGGGCCUGUGCCAGAAGAAAAAACACAGGGAAAUUGCUUUUUUUUUUUUUUUUUU